UCCAAUUACACGUUCCAUGUGGCAUCGAAAAAAAAGCUGGUUAGUUGGGACGAAAGUCGCCGAUUGUGCAAGGAAUUCGGGAGCGACCUUGUUUCAUUGGAAAGCAGCGACGAGUGGACCGCUUUGAAAAAUGUCAUACAAAGCUUCCCUGCGAGUGAAUACUUCAUCGGUUUAAUGAAGGAGCGAGGUUCCGGACGGUGGUUAUGGUUGAGUAACAACAGUUCAGUAAAUGUGUCUCGGGGAAGAACUCCUUGGUCACCAAGCCAACCCAGUGGUGAUGGAGAAUGUACUGAAAUGUACAGGAAUUAUAGAAAGUAUUAUGGACUGUUUAAUGACUUACCCUGUACGAAACGAAGAGGUGGAUAUAUAUGCGAG